GUCGUUUUGGAUCCAUCGCAGAUAACACGCGACUACGAUAAGCUCCGAUUCGAGGCUGCAGCCUUCGGUCAGCUCCAGCUUCCUGAACUUGAAGACCAUCAAGCUUCGACUCCGCCACAUCAUUCCACUUCCCUUAUAUCCUCACCAUACAACGAUCCAGGCCAUUACCUCGACCUUUCCGACCUGGACACGGCGGAUCUUAUCUUUGCCAAAGCACUCACGGCACUCAAGCCAGUCCGGCCAGACUACGCCACCGCUCCAUAUACCUCCUCCCUCAAUUUCCCCACAAUUCUAGACUUGAUUCGCGAGCUCGCCGCAGCCGAGAACUUUCAUUGGAAAUCUCACAGCUUCUACGUCGUCAUCUUCCGCUCCAAGCUUGAAGAAUGCAUCGACCCAGAGCUGCUGUAUACGCUCGACUACGAGAGUCAUCGCGAGGCGUGCGAGUCCGGAGGGCUGCUCAAGUAUUGGUUCGGUAAGCCUGAGUCAGAGAGAAGAAAUCUGGCUACCUGCUUCUGGCGCUCGCGAGAAGAUGCACACAAUGGCGGUACGGGGCCGUGGCAUAAGAAAGCGAGGGCUGCGGGAGGAAACCUGUAUGAGGAGAUCCGCUUCUCGACACAUCGGUUCACGAUACUUGAUGGGGCGAAGGAGUUCCGCUUUGAGGAGUGGUGCGAUUGA